AUGGUUGAGGGUUCCCCUGUAUUGACUCGUAGACGGCACUCGCCACACGAUGACACAAACGCUGAGACAACUACCCCCAGCACCGCUGCUGCUGCCCCCGCGCCACCACGCACCGGUGACUACUCUUCCGCCGACGAAGCCAUAGAGACGCCCCUUGCGAGUGACCUUGAUAUCGAACCGAAUGUGGCGGAGAAGGUGCCUCAUGGCUCCGACCACGUGCCCGUCUUCCUCGAGACAUCCGUGGCGGGCCUCUCGCCGCGUCUCACCAAUUGCAUUGUGCGUCUCUUCAUGUCCAUCGUCAUGAUUGGUGGUUUCCUCUUUCUCAUCUACCUGGGCCCGCUUGCUCUGGUGCUACUGGUGCUGUGUCUGCAGUUGGCGUGUUUCAAGGAGCUCAUUCACAUUGGCCAUGUGGUCUACCGGACGCACAAUCUACCGUGGUUUCGCACACUUUCCUGGAUGUUUCUCUUCACCUCCAACUACUUCCUCUUUGGCGAGAGUCUUAUUGGACGCUUUCGUAUCCUCCUAGCCAAGGAAGACUUUCUGGCUCCGCUGGUGGUGCACCAUCGUUUCAUCUCUUUUACCCUCUACUGCGGUUGCAUUGUCGCCUUCGUUUUAAGCCUUGUGCGACGCCACUACCUUAAACAGUUCACUCUGUUCGGGUGGACGCAUGUCUCCCUCCUCAUCAUCGUCUCUUCUUCUCACUUCAUGAUCCAAAGCAUUUUUGACGGCCUCAUUUGGUUUCUAGUGCCCGUUGCUAUGGUCAUCUCCAACGAUAUUUUCGCCUAUGUUUUUGGGAUGCUUUUUGGCAAGACACCGCUGAUCAAGGUGUCACCGAAGAAGACAUGGGAGGGCUUUAUUGGAGGCGGCAUCUCUUCUCUCCUCCUUGGUCUCCUCGUGGCUUGGAGCAUGAUUGGUAAGAAGCAUUUCAUCUGUCCCAUCGAAUAUGACGAUCGGAUGGGCGCUCUUUCCAUGGAUUGUGUGCCCGACGCCAUCUUCGUCCCACGUAUGUACAACGUCUCUCGAUGGCUAUUCUUUGUGCCGGUUAAGCAGGUGGCCUGGUACCCCUACUUCUUCCAUUGUAUCCUCAUUGGCGCCUUUGUCUCCAUUAUUGGACCGUUUGGCGGCUUCUUUGCGAGUGGAUUCAAGCGGGCCUUCAAGAUUAAGGACUUUGGUGAUGUUAUCCCCGGCCAUGGGGGCAUUCUCGAUCGAUUUGACUGCCAAAUCUUUGUGGGGUGGUUUAUAUUCUUCUACUACAACUCGUUUGUCAAGCCGCUGACGCCGAGUAGCCUGCUGCAGCAGGUGUUUGUGCUCCCCCGACACGAACAAUUGGCAGUGCUGAAUCUCUUCCUCGACGGCCUACUUCGACGUGGUCAUGUGCCACGCGAGAUUGCGGAACCGCUGAUGGCCUACGGCGAGAGCGUGAGGGCUGCUGAGGCACCAUGA